AUGCGUCUGUUCUGCACCAUGGCCCUAAGAAGAAACAGGCCCCUCCUCGCGAUUUAUGGUAUGCUGCUUACUCAUGCCUAUGCUCAAGAUAAACGUUGGCCAUACGUGUCUCUGCCAUUGAAGAGAGGUGAAAGGCCGGAGGACUGGGUACCAGCAGAAACUGGCAAAAGUAUUCGUGAUAUGUAUUCCAAAUUAAUCGAAAUUGAUCCGGAUAGAAGCAGGGAUAUUGUCGACAUUUUCUCAAUCCAUUCUGGUAAUGCAGAACAAUCUCGUGAAGACUCGGCUGCACAGGAAGUUGAUCUGCCCUCAAUCUGGGAACAACAGUUUAUUAAUGCUCUCACGACUACUCUUGCCUUUGUACUUCCUUAUCAAAUAGCUCAUGGAUGGAUAGCUUUCGUUUUCUCAUUAGCUUUCAUUGUCACCAAGCUUACGGAUCUAAUUAGCUGUGUUACAGGCCAUGAACAAAGCACCCACAUAUGUGGGACGAGGAUGAUUUUACUUCACUUUUUGAUGUUACUUUAUCGCGGCCAGCGGGGAAAGGAGGACGAGGAUAUAAGCUUAAAUAUCUUCUUGUGUUGUCGUGGUGAUGUUUGGAUGGGCUGA